AUGACAGUACACCAAAAUGGCAAUAUCUCCACUGAGGCUUCAGAUUUCCUCCUCAAUUGUUUUGCUAGGUCCCCAAGCUGGCAACUCUGGUUGUCCCUGCCCCUUAGCCUCCUUUUUUUACUGGCCAUGGGGGCCAACACCACCCUCUUGACCACCAUCCGGCUGGAGGCCUCUCUACAUGAGCCCAUGUACUACCUGCUUAGCCUCCUAUCUCUGCUGGACAUGGUACUCUGCCUCACUGUCAUCCCCAAGGUCCUGGCCAUUUUCUGGUUUGACCUCAGGUCCAUCAGCUUCUUUGCCUGCUUCUUUCAGAUGUUCAUCAUGAAUUCCUUCCUUGCCAUGGAGUCCUGCACAUUCAUGGUCAUGGCCUAUGACCGCUAUGUGGCCAUCUGCCAUCCUCUGAGGUACCCAUCCAUCAUCACUGACCAAUUUGUUGUCAAGGCAGCCAUUUUCAUUUUGGCAAGAAAUUCCCUUACUAUUCUGCCCAUUCCUAUUCUCUCAGGACUACUCCAUUAUUGUGGGAGAAAUGUCAUUGAGAACUGCAUCUGUGCCAAUAUGUCUGUGUCCAGGCUCUCUUGUGAUGAUAUUACCAUCAAUCGCCUCUAUCAGUUUGCAUUUGGCUGGGCACUGCUGGGAUCUGACCUAAUCCUCAUCUUCCUCUCCUAUACCCUCAUACUGCGGGCUGUGCUGAAACUCAAGUCAGAAGGAGCUGUGGCCAAGGCCCUAAGCACGUGUGGCUCCCACUUCAUCCUGAUCCUCUUCUUCAGCACCAUCCUCCUGGUCUUUGUCCUCACUCACGUGGCAAAGAAGAAGGUGUCCCCUGAUGUGCCAGUUUUGCUCAAUGUCCUCCACCAUGUCAUUCCUGCAGCCCUCAACCCCAUUGUCUAUGGGGUACGAACCCAGGAGAUUAAGCAAGGAAUCCAGAGGUUACUGAAGAAAGGAUGGUAA